CAAGUUGUCGAUCCAUCAACUGAACCAUUUCGCUUCAGUCCAAUUGAUCCAAAGACUGUGUUUCUACUACAAUAGCUUUAUAUCUUAUUCCAACGACUUCAUCUUCAGACAUACUCGGAUACUCGGAAACACUCUCAUACCGAUGCUUCAGAUCAUCAACACGAAACGCGUAGUCACCUGACAUGGCACCCCGCAGAUUGCAAUCCUCUCCCGUCCCGUAGUGAGAGGAUAAGGCGCAGUAUUAAACAAAGCCUAACGUGACGUGGAUCAGCCGCGACAUCUCAUCCCCCGUCCCCCGGAAAACCCUUAAAAAAAACCCAAAAACGAACAAUGCGCUGCAUGACAUUGGCUGCAGCACCAUCUCUAAACGACGUCAUCAUUCGACGUUAGGCCAUGCCCCAGGCAAGGCCAUGCAGAAGCUCCCCAAUCUCGCUCCAGCUCCCCCCAAGCCCGAACCCCCGGCAACACAACAGCCUCAGCAGCAGGAGCAGCAGAACAUACGCCCGCGGGCAUCCCGGGCCUCAUCGUCCCGCAAGUCCGCGACGAACCACGCGUGUGUGCCCUGCCGCAAGACAAAGACCAAGUGCGAUGGGAAACAUCCCUGCGCGAGGUGUCGGUCCAGCAGCAAUGUUUGCACGUACGAUACGAAAGUGUUGUCGGGGGAGACGCUGAAUAGAUUGACCAAUGCGGUGAAUGAGCAGAAAGGGAGGCUGAAUCAGCUUGAGACUAUACUCGCGGCGAUGAGGAAUGGCACGGAUUCUGAAGCUGCUGAGGUUAUGUCUUGGAUAAGAAUAGGUGAAUCGGUGGAAUCUAUUGUUUCGUACAUUGAGUCAAGGUCUAGGGCUGUUGUUGUGCCUCAGAGACUCGUCGGCGUAAACCCCCAAGCCAAGAGCAAAUUCAUCGAAACACUAUUCGACAGAGCAGAAUGGCUCGACGGCACAACCUUUGAAGCCGAAUACAUGAACAUCGACCUAGGUUCCCGGACACAGAGCUACUUCUCCUACCACUUCGGCAACCUCCCUUUCUCAAGUGGUAUAAAAGCAAACCACUAUCCCGCCGUCGCCCAACAAAGCCAGCUAAAAAACUACUACGCCAAGCACAAUUGGGCAAUGAUGACAGCCAACGACGGACACGGUGUCGAUUCUGUAACAAAGGCUUGGGCGGACACGCUUGCGAAGGCGAGACAAUUGGUUACGGAGGGUGCGAAGCCUGAGGAUCUGACUGGGACAUUUCCAUGUGUGGCGGCGCUGUUUGAUAAGGAUGAGUAUGAAACUGCGCCGAUGAUAAGUAAAUGGGCUGUUCAGUUCAUUUAUAGUGCGAGGAGGCAGGAUUACUCGUUUACGUCCAUGGCGGCUGUGUGGGUUGUUUGGGUUGUGAUGAGAUGGCAGAUCAAUCCGACUCCACAGACAUAUGCUGACCUCCCUGACUGGAUUCGACCGACUGAACUCCAAGUCUUUGUUCCUCAUAUCGACAUGCUGGAUUGUAUAUCAUGGCCCUACUUCCGAGACUACGUCAUUCAACAUCCUGAAAUGCAACACGGCGAAUUGCAAUGGCUUGCGGCGUGUACUUCAGGAGUACAAGUGAAUUGGCGCGGUACAAUAGAGGACGCACUCUGUGUUGACGGUCCCACUGGACGGAAACGGUUCACAGCGGAAGCCGAGGCAACCAUUAGAGAUCUGCAGGAGUGGUCACUUGCUGCAUCGUAUCGUGCUUUCAUGAUUGGUAUCGAUGGGAAUAUUCCUAUCAGAACAGCAGAGGACGCUGGAGUUAAACAAGCGUAGAAAGAUGAAUGUGUUAUCAUGUAGCGAUCGUAAUUGAUGUAACCUGAGCGAUUUAUAUUCUUCAUUCAUGUCAGCGGAGUUGGUUGGUGUUGGGCAUUAUUCUGUCCCCAUAGAGUUCUUUAUAGAUCUUGAGAGGUGUAAGCAAUUGGCCAUGCAUGAAUUGUAAUUAGGCUUGGUUGCAUUUUGGAGAGUUUGUUUCUGGUUCAUCGGGACGAUGCUGUGCCUGGAUGUUAAUCCCCCUUGUAGCUGUCCAAAGGUUUGCGACGAGUACUCCUCGACAUAGCUCUCUAGCCAGGCCGUUCAGACAUGGAAGCCAUCUCGGAGAGGAUGCCAAAGAAAGUGAGAGAGGAGUUAAGCACUAUGAUAGGGGCUUUUCUAAGGAUAUUUUGGACGGCUAAUGUUCUGAACUGUAUCCAUGGAAAUGGUGGUGCGUAUGAAGUGACUGCUUUGGUGACAAGGUAACCACAACAUUUACUAUGAGCUUUUCAUUG